CCGCUGUGACGGAAGGAGGCGGGCCGGGGGCGGAGCCACAGAGUGACAGCCGAAGGAGUCCCGGAUCCUCCCUCUGCCAGGUGAGACCGGUGCUCUCGGCAGGACACCGGCUGUAGCAUGAGGAGGGAGACACCCUGCUACAUCCAGAGGGGCGGUCCCACAGGGAUGUGACGUCAGCAGUGACAGAUGGCGGAUGUCGUGCCGGAGGUUGUGUUGGCCCCCCCUAAGGACCCCCGGAAGGGGUGGAUGUUCCUGGCUGGGGGCGCGCUGAUCGUUUGGGUGAUCCUGAUCCACCUGCUGGUCAAUGUAUGGCUCCUCCUCCUCUUCUCGGCCAUCAUGGCGGCGGCGGGGGCCUGGCUGGGCCCUCAGUUCAUCCUCGGGAGCUCCACCCCCGUCCACCUGGAACGUUUCGUCCCCCUGGAGCGGAGCGCCCGAUCCGCCAACGCCGAGGAACAGCUGGACAAGGAGAUCCGACUGACCAUCCAGAAGAUCGUCCAGGACUUUGUGUCAUCCUGGUACCGCCGCCUGAGCCCAGAGACCGCCUUCGAGGAUGAGGUCAGAGGGGUCAUGUGGGAGCUGGGGGCGGAGCUGAAGAGGCGGCUACUUUCUGCUGACCGCGAGCAGCUGACCAGGAAGUUGCUGGUCCUGGCGGGGUGCCACCUGCAGUGCUACAAGUGGGCGAAGGCCCGGGUGGAGGGCGUGGGCGAGGAGUCGGAGAAGGAGUUGCUGCUCUGGGAAGCCUACCAGGAGCUCAGCCCGGUUCACCCGGCUCUCUCCGGCCCCGCCCAAGACGUGAACCACGCCCGCUGGCUGGUGGGGCUGUUGCUGUCGGAGCUGGUACCCAAACCCCACCUAGAAACCCGCACGGGCAGGCACUUGGUAGUGGAGCUCAUCGCCUGUAACGUGGUGCUGCCGCUUGUCGGGCGCAUGUCUGACCCAGACUGGAUCAACAUUGUUCUGACCAACAUCUUCAACAAGACUCUGCUGAAAAUGGAGGAGGAGAAAUGUGAGAGUCCGGCUCCUCCCACCAUUCCUAAAACCCUCCCACUGAGCCCGGACGCGGCUCCGCAUCUUGUGCCGCCUUCUCCUCUAUCUUCCCACGUCUCCCGCUUGGAGGUCGAUGAUAGCGUGGAGGCGGAGGCGGAGGAGGUGCUGGACGGGGGGGAGGAGUCUUGUUACUCCGUUCAGUACCUGCACCCACCCAAACCCAGCAGCCCGUUUUUCCUGUGCGAGGAAUCUGAGCCCGAGUCUCCCAUGUCUGAUUUUGGGCGGGAAAUGGAACGCCCUCUGAUGAACUCCACUGAGGAUCUCCUAUCCGAUUUUGGCCUGGACUCGCUAACGCCGGCUGACAGCCCUGGAGCCCCACCCCAAAAUGAGGUCAUGGGUGGUUUGUCCGAGGAAAGCUGCCCGCCCUUUCCGACAGUGACACCACCCCGUCCCGAGAUCCUUGUCGAGUCCUCAGCGCUCUCAUCAGAAUUCACCACGACUCCGCCCAACGACAAACAUUGCAGCAGUCCAAUGGACUCCUCCCCUCUCAUCACUUCUUCCCCCACCGCCCCCUCCCCCCUCAUCACUUCUUCCCCCACCGCCCCCUCCCCCCUCAUCACUUCUUCCCCCACUGUCCCCAUCCAUCCCUUCAGCUUCUUACCCCUCAGCAGCCCCGAUGGACCUGUCCUGAUCCAGAACCUGCGAAUCACCGGGACCAUCACUGCACGGGAGCACAGCGGGACCGGGUCACACCCCUAUACCCUGUACACCAUCAAGUAUGACACAGCCCUGGACAGCCAAUCGCUGGGCACCCUGCAGCCAAUGGCGUAUCACACUGUUAAUCGGAGGUACCGGGAGUUCCUGAACUUGCAGACCCGUCUGGAGGAGCGCGCCGAUCUGCGCAAGUUUGUUAAACACAUUAAAGGGCCCAAGAAGUUUCUUCCAGAUUUGCCAUUCGGGAACAUGGACAGUGACAAGGUGGAGGCACGGAAGAGUCAGCUGGAGUCUUUUCUGAGGCAAUUGUGCGCGGUGCCGGAGAUCGCCAGCAGCGAGGAGGUGCAGGAGUUCCUGGCUCUGAACACUGACGCUCGGAUUGCAUUUGUCAAGAAGCCAUUCCUGGUCUCCCGGAUUGAUAAGAUUGUGGUGAACGCCAUUGUUGACACAUUGAAAACGGCAUUUCCUCGAUCAGAGCCUCAGAGCCCAACCGACGAGCUGAGUGAGAACGAGGUGGAUGGGAAAUCUCAAAAUGAUAAGAAAAGUACCAAGUCUCGUCUGCGGUUCCCAUCCAGUAAAAUCGCCCCGGUCCUGACCUCAUGUGACCUCCAGGAGAAGAUCCUGUACUCCGUCCGGGAGGGCAGCACGGUAUCCGAUGUUCUGUCAUUGGGCGGCAUGGAGUCCUUCGUCCAGAAGCAGAUAAAGAUCCUGAAUGAGAUUUCUGCCUCUCAGGAAAAGUCAACCACAUCCGGAUCACCACAAGUGCCCUCCACCCUGAAUGCACAGGCAGCAGGUCUGGAUGGCAGUCUUUCCGCCGUGGCGCUGGAAGUGCUGUGGCUGGUGAUGAGGGAACAGUGGAGCUGGCUGUGCACGGACAACAUGCAGAAAGUGACCCAUCUGCUGUGCGGUAGUCUCAUCCAAAGAUGGCUGGAGGUUCAGGUGGACAAUGUCACCUGUAUGCAGCGAUGGGCGUUAUAUCUGCGAUUACUUCAACAAGCGAUAUGGCCCGGAGGGGCUCUGCGCACUCAGCCGCGACCGCCAAGGACACGGGCACAGAGGGAUGCUGCUUAUGAUCAGGCCCUGCUAAGUCUCAAGGGGAUUAUUCCAGAUCUGGUCCAGGAGAUGCUGGGAGCCCAGAAGUAUCAUCAGGCAUGGAAGUCUAUCCUGGAUUCACUCCAGCACCCUCCAAUUAACAGGCAUUUGCUGUACUGCAUAUGGGACAUCCUCCUGGAGAGUCUGACCGCCGCACCAGCCUCAUAGAAGACUUCAUCCAGUACAGACCAGAGGGUGAACCAUCAUCAGAUCCUGCAGCUGGAAGGACUAGAUUGUGUCCUGGGUAAAUGACGGUUAAUCACCUUCCUCACGUCGCCCUCUAGUGGUGGGGGAGAUUGCAGGGUCAACUGCACUCCUUCGUCACCUGCUCUCUCCAGGCACCCUAUGGUGGGAAGCUUUGAAUGUUCAACAUUUUAUUUUGAUUGUAAAAAAGAAUUCACAUGUCCACUAGUCAUUGUUUGCUUGUAGAUGUUAUGUAUUGUACAUGAAAUGUGCACAGGCUUUGUUUGUAUAUAGCGCACAGAUCACACUGAGGUGUCGUGUAUUUCUUCACCUGUAUGGACAACACAGAUCUUAAUAUGUGGGGCGGAUCUGCCCUCUGAAAUGCAGCAUGGAAGUCUGUACACUGGAAGACGACAGCAGAAAAGAUAUGAGACAUGAGCUCUGUACAGCCCCGGGGUCACCACACUCACAUUCCAUGUCAUGACACAGAGCUCUGUACACCCCCGGUGUCACCACACUCACAUUCCAUGUCAUGACACAGAGCUCUGUGCAGCCCGGGGGUCACCACACUCACAUUCCAUGUCAUGAUACAGAGCUCUGUACACCCCCGGGGUCACCACACUCACAUUCCAUGUCAUGACACAGAGCUCUGUACAGCCCGGGGGUCACCACACUCACAUUCCAUGUCAUGACACAGAGCUCUGUACAGCCCCGGGGUCACCACACUCACAUUUCAUAUCAUGACACAGAGCUCUGUACAGCCCCGGGGUCACCACACUCACAUUUCAUAUCAUGACACAGAGCUCUGUACAGCCCCGGGGUCCCCACACUCACAUUUCAUGUCAUGACACAGAGCUCUGUACAGCCCCGGGGUCACCACACUGACAUUUCAUGUCAUGAUACAGAGCUCUGUACAGCCCUGGGGUCCCCACACUCACAUCUCAUGUAAUGACACAGAGCUCUGUACACCCCCGGGGUCCCCACACUCACAUUCUAUGUCAUGACACAGAGCUCUGUACAGCCCGGGGUCCCCACACUCACAUUUCAUGUCAUGACACAGAGCUCUGUACAGCCCGGGGUCCCCACACUCACAUUCCAUGUCAUGACACAGAGCUCUGUACAGCCCGGGGUCCCCACACUCACAUUCCAUGUCAUGACACAGAGCUCUGUACAGCCCCGGGGUCACCACACUCACAUUCCAUGUCAUGACACAGAGCUCUGUACAGCCCCGGGGUCACCACACUCACAUUCCAUGUCAUGACACAGAGCACUGUACAGCCCCGGGGUCACCACACUCACAUUUCAUGUCAUGACACAGAGCUCUGUACAGCCCCGGGGUCACCACACUCACAUUCCAUGUCAUGACACAGAGCUCUGUACAGCCCCGGGGUCACCACACUCACAUUCCAUGUCAUGACACAGAGCACUGUACAGCCCUGGGGUCACCACACUCACAUUUCAUGUCAUGACACCGAGUUCUGUACAGCACCGGGGUCCCCACACUCACAUUCCAUGUCACUCCCCAGUCAUGAUACAACUCUGAGCAGUGCAGUGAUGGGAGACACGGAGCUCUGUACAGCACUAGGAGCCACCACACUCACAUUCCAUGUCACACAUAGAACUAUAUGUACGAUGUUACUGUUUCCUGCUUGGUAUUGUGCAGGUACCAGCUGCUGUAUUGUGUUAAAAUUCAUUUGUUUUAUUAUUUAUUAUUAUUAAUAUCUGUCUGGUUUUACUUCUUAUUUUAAUUAGUAAAUUAUGAUCAACCUGCA